CUAGAAGCCCAAAAAGCAUGAGCGUCAUGCUGAAUGAUCAUAAAUAGAUGACAUUCUGCAUUGCACUGGUAUGAUCUGCGAUAUCGGAUGAAUGCCUGACGCUGUGAGAUUUGGUUGGUCAUCUGACUUGGUUCAAUCGGACGAGCAAUUGCCUAUCGAUCUGCAUUCAAUGAAGUCAUGAAAUCGCUUUAGAAGUAUGGGAAGCCCUGUGUCUCAGGUCCAAGGGCAGUUUGGGUUGCGACAGCACUGAAGGCAAGCAUAGCAAGACGUCCGUUCAACAAUUCUCGGGUCUUCAUCUUCAUGACUUCAUCGUCAGAUUUUCCCUUCAAGAAUUGAAGAGGGUCAAGGCUGAAGUCACCGGCUUCGCGUUCAAGUUCUCCCUUUGAAACCUGAACGAGAGCGGCUCCGGUACAGAACUCGACGAAAGCAACGGCAAACAACAAAAAGGCCAUGGAACCUUGGUCGACGAGGAUAUUGUGGGCGUUGUAGGCAUUGGGGAUGUUUUCUACGGAGUAAAUGUCCCCAGGGAAACGAAGGGUGACGCCGAAGCCACCAUCGGUGGCGACCCAUCCGAACCACGCAAGCAUGGCAACGCGUCCGUGCUUGAGUUCGGCUUCACGCAUCCAGUAGAGGGUAGGGAUUCCUUCCGUUUCUUCCCACGAUGGAGGUUGGAUAAAUCCAGCGAAAUUCUUAGGGAUGGAAGACAAGUAGAACGGAUCGAAACCGACGUCUCCGGCCAUGGAACCAUCAAGGUUGAUAGGGCGAGGCAACCAAGGGAGGGAGGCCGAUCGUUCCGUGGGGUCAACCAUCUUGUCCCACAUGCGGUCGGGCAUCUCAGCGUUAAGAGCAGUGGAGCUCUGGGUGCUCGAGCUGGGAGCGAAGGCCAUGGCCGAAGAGGCCAUGAGCGCAGAAAGGGCGACGUUGAAGGACUUCAUGGUGAUGGAAUUGCUUAGUAAAUUGUACCGGGGUGGAGGCAAGGAGAACACUUCAAACGAGACAACGCGUAAUGUCGAUGUAGGAUGUUUCUGUGUUAUCGACACAGAGYGGAUUGUUGAACCUCGCCUUCAAAGAUUUGUUUUUUCGUUCUUAUUUGGGGGUGAUGGACAACAAAACUUUUCUAUCUGAAACAAUUUUGUCCCCCCAAUGUUUUUAACGAAAAUACCGAAUUKGAUUUUUUCGAAUUUUCUGCAACUUUUCUACACGGAUUUCAUCAUGUUCAAUACGUAGUAAUUUUUAAAAUAAAAUUUUCGCACAGAA